AUGUCUUUCUUUUUUCUUUCUUUUUUCUACAUUUAUUGUAUUUUUACUUACUCAAACCUUUUUUUAUUUCUUUCCUCCACUUUUUGGUUUAUUUCUUACGACACUUUUUUCUUCUUUCAUUUUCUUCUUUUUUCCUCUUCUUUUAUUUUAAUGUUAUUUUCCGACUCUUUUCCUUUUUCUUUCUUUCUCUUUUUGACUUAUUACGUACGACUUUUCUUUUUUUCCUCUUCUUUUAUUGUAUUCUCAUUUCUCGUUUCUUUUUUCUUUCUUCUUAUUUUCACUUAUUUCGUACGUCUUUUUUAUUCUUUCAUUUCCUUCCUUUUUUUCUCUUCUUUUAUUUUUUUUUUUUCUUCUUUCUUAUUUCUAUCUUUCUUUCUUUUCCUCUUCUUUUAUUGCAUUUUUAUUUAUCCGUUCACUUUCUUUUUUUCUUUCAUUUUUUGUUUGCUUUAUUUCGUAUACUUUCUCCUUCUUUCAAUUAUGUAUUUCCUUUUCCGUUUCCAAUUUUCUUUCCUUGUCCAACUCCUUAGUCUUUUUCCUUUUCUUUCUUUCUUUCUUUCUUUCUUUUUUCUUUCCUUUUCUUUCUUUCUUUCUUUCUUUUCUUUUCUUUUCUUUGCCUUCAUCUUCAAGUUUAUUUUCCCUUUCUGUUCUUUUUUUAUUCCUUUGCCUUUAUUGAGGGAUAUAGUAACGAUUUCGGUGUUUCUUCCUGCCAAUCUUUAUUCUCUUUCUCUUGUCCUUUUCACUCAAAUUUAUUUUUCUUUCAUUAUAUAUUUCUUUUCUCUCUCUUCUCUCUCUCUCCCUUCCCCCAUCUCUCUCUUCUCUCUCCAUCUUUUCAAUGACAUAGAUUUUCCUUUUUUAUUUUCUUCGUUCCAAAUUUUCAACCUUUUUAUCCAACAUUUCAGAAAGCCAUCUCGCAUCGACGGACUCUUUCCUUCCGCCUUUCCUUCCUCUCUUUCUCUUAUACUCACACAACGUUACUCGUUUAUAGAUCUUUCUUUCUUUACCUCAAGUUUCAUCUAUCGUUCAAUGUUCCCUUCCUUCUAUUGUUCACUCAAACGUCUUCUUUUAUUUAUAGUUCAUUAUUAUUUUUUAAAACUUCUUUAUUCAUCAAUAGUUCUCUCUUAA